AUGAUGGCUAGCCCCGCCGUCGCAGCAGGGGAGGCCGAGGGCACGAAGCAGCAGGAGCUGGUGUUGGACAGGGAUUUUUUCUCGAAGGAGACGACCGUUGUGGCCGUAAAGCUCCCCGCGAAGCGCACGAGCGAGUUGCGGACGCGGCUGAAGAACGAGCUGAGGAACGUUCCACACCGAAGGAACGUGGAGCGGUGCCCGGGGAAUGAUUCCUGCCGUCUGUUGCUGCUUGGCCCCGCGGUGAAGGACCCCGAAACCCUCGAAGGUCUCAGCCCGGAAGCCGCGGAGUUCCUCAGGGGGGACGACGAUCUGGAGACCACGACGUUCCGCGUCAAGACCGAGUACUCCAUGCUCGGAGUAGAGGAGGUGUUGACGCAGCUGCUGGAGCCGCGGUUGCCCGGGCGGGACCUCCCGACGUCUUUCGAGGUGGCCGGACACCUGGCGCACCUCAACCUCAGGGACUACCUGCUGCCGUACAAGAAGGUUAUCGGCCAGGUCAUCAUCGACAAGAACCCACGGAUUACCACGGUGGUCAACAAGGUGGUGGUUAAGGAGAGCGGGUGCAGCUUUAGGUUCGACUUCGCCAAGGUUUACUGGAACAGCCGCUUGCAGAACGGCCACCGAGUCUUCGCGAACGACCUCAACCCAGACAGCUACAGCGCUCUCAGGGACAACGGCGCCAGGAACAAGAUCAAGCCCGGCCUGCUGACGACCGGAAACGACUGCGGGCGCGCGUUCGCGAGGAAGCUUAUCCGGGAGCGCCAGGUGUUUCACCACGCCAUUUUGAACCUCCCAGAUUCCGCCCUAACGUUUUUGGACACGUUUCGAGGGGUGCACUGGAGAGAACACGGCUUUGACUCUCCUCCCAUGGUGCACGUCUACUGCUUCAGCAAGGCCGCCGACCCAAAGCAGGACGCCCUCGAUCGAGCGAACGAAGCCAUGGGAUCCAGCCUCACCCAGCGGGAGGUUAAGAUCCACGUUGUGCGGGACGUCGCUCCCAACAAACCAAUGCUUUGCCUCUCUUUCCUAGCCCCCGACGCCGGCGCCGACGGCAAGGCGGAGGGCACGGGCACGGAAGAGGAGGCGGUAAAGGGUGGGGGGGAUGCUGAGGCGUCUUCGCGGGGGGGGGACGUUGGCGAUGCAGCCCCUGCUGCCGCGGAGAAGGCGGCAGCGGGGGCUGUUGGCCGGCUCUAG